CAUUGUGGACUGCAGGAAGGGGGCGGUCGUCCACCAAUGACAAGUGUUUCCUCCCAGAGCAAUGCAGGGUCCCCCUGUUCAGUUGGUUGCGGACUCUGUCCUGUUGAAAUAGUGUCUAAGAAGACAGUAUCAGUGGGUCAUUUCAACAUUUUAAUAUUUGAAGUCUUCCUGUUGAAGAAAGAAAAGUUCUUUUUAGGUGUAGCCGUUGUCAUGGCAACUAGUGCAGUCCCUAGUGACAACCUCCCCACAUACAAGCUAGUAGUGGUGGGGGACGGUGGUGUGGGCAAGAGUGCUCUCACCAUCCAGUUUUUCCAGAAGAUCUUUGUGCCUGACUAUGAUCCUACCAUUGAGGACUCCUACCUGAAGCAUACCGAGAUUGAUGGCCAGUGGGCUAUUUUGGACGUGCUGGACACGGCAGGUCAGGAGGAGUUCAGUGCCAUGCGUGAGCAGUACAUGAGGACUGGAGAUGGAUUCCUCAUUGUCUUCUCAGUCACAGAUAAGGCCAGCUUUGAGCAUGUGGACCGCUUUCACCAGCUCAUCCUUCGGGUGAAAGACCGAGAAUCCUUCCCCAUGAUCCUGGUGGCUAACAAAGUGGACCUGGUGCAUCUGAGGAAGGUGACAAGUGAGCAGGGCUGUGAUAUGGCAGCCAAACACAGCAUUACUUACAUUGAGACAAGUGCCAAGGACCCUCCAAUGAAUGUUGACAAAGCCUUUCAUGAACUGGUCAGGGUAAUUAGGCAACAAGUCCCGGAGCGGAGCCUGCAGAAGAAGAAGAAGAAAAUGAAGUGGCGUGGAGAGCGAGCCACAGCCCCCCCCAGGCUCCGCUGCCAGAUCUUGUGACCGCCGUACCCCCCCCCCGGGGCUGAGACCCCCAUCCCAGCUGAUCCAGCUCAUCCUCUCUCUCAGAACACCAUGGGGGCGUGGGGGGGGGGCACGGUGACAUCUGGGAAACGCCAACAGAGAUGCAGCAUUUUUGCACACAUGCGGAGGCGAUGAAGAGGGACAGUUUGGGAAGUGGGAUUCUGCCCUCCAUAGCGCCCUGCGACCAUUUAGCCUAACUCGGUUUGAUUUCCUGUCUGCUUGGUCAUGAGUGUAACUUCCAGUGACUCGGAAUGGACAGAAUUUUGCCUUGUCGUUUUGAGACUCUUGGCACAUUUGGAGUGUUGGUAGAUUGGUAGUAGAUUGGCCGAAACAGAGCCAGUCAUUUGUAUUGAUGACUUUUUUUUUUUUUUUUUUUUUUUUUUUCUUUUGUGGUGCAUUGGAAACCUCCUCAAAAAUAGCCUUCACUUUUAAGCACAAAAGUACAAGCGUUUGCUUAAAUGGAAGUUGCCCUUUUGCACUAAUACACAUGCCUGUCUUUUUGCACCCGAAUCUGGGCGCUUUUUGCUUCCACAAUCUGGUGAUCAUUUUGCUACACCACUAACUCAAGAGCCAGCUCCUAAAAGCAGUACACUGUUUCUUGUCAGAGUUGACCUACAUCUUUGCCCAUGGCUAUUGAGAGAGAGAGAGAGAGAGAGAGAGAGAGAGAGAGUGUAUUCUUUUCAUCAGUGUGCCAUGUUCAGGCUUAAGUUCACAAACUGGCAGUUUCUGCAGACAUGGUCCACACGACACAGGCCCAAUACGCUGUAUAUCCUGAUAUAUUGUCCUUUCUCUACAGUGUUCUGGCUGUACCUGCUUGCCUCUGUUUUAAUUUGAUAAGCUGCUAAAUGUUUUGUUUCUAAGUAUCUGGCUGAUUUUUCUCUCCAGGGGGCUCAAAUGAAUCCCCUUCAGGCCUUUUAUCUUAGCAGUCAUUUUAGAAGGAAAAGCUGAUCCCAGAUCGGUGCCUGAGGGUAAGUCAGAUCGUGUUGGGCCCAGGCGGCACGGGACCAGCCCGUAAAAGUCUAAAACUGUUACACUCAAUGAAGAGCACGUGCAUGGCAUAAAGAAUCAAGGCUCGACGAGCACUGAAAGAUGUUUGCAUAUUGUAUGCAAAUUUGCCCACAGGUCAUAAGGCAUCACCUGACAUUAGCUGGCCUUUCUGUGUAAGUGUAAGGUUCAAUAGCAUUGUUUAGGAUACAGUAGAAGAUGUACAGGAAGCGUACUGUGCCCGAUUCACAGUAUAAGGCAGUCAACCCUCAGCUUUACUGCUCACGUCAAGGGACUCAAAGACUUAAUGCCUUAGAUAUUAACAUGGAUAUUAAUACCCAGCGUUUACAUCCUGCGUUCAAAGGGACAUUAAGUGCAUUAACACACAAAGAAUUACAGGGCAAUGAUAAAAAUGUUUCAACAGAUGCUCAUUUCAAAGUUAGUAUUACUUCGUUGUCGUACAUUUGUGGCAGAGGCUGAAUUGUAAUAUUAUUUGCAAUGUCAAAAGAAGGCUUUUUAAAAAUUAGUUAAAAAUCUCCAUUCUGUUAGAUUUUUGAAAUGAUAGUCACGUUAAACACAUUCUUGUGUAUGCUUGUUUUAUGACCACUGGCUAAGUCUGAGAUUCUUAAUAAUUACUACCAGUUCCCACAUGCAAUAGGUCAAAACAUGUAAAAGUUUGUGUUUUAGUUUUUCUUAAGUUUUGCAGUGUAAAAAUUGUGCUGUUACUAACCAGUCAUUUAAACACACAUCUGAUUAUAAAACAAAAAUUUAGAGAAGUUGCUAUUGUGCAUUGUUUGACGCAUGCUUAUUAUUUAUGUAAUAUUUUAAACAUUUUUUUGGUACAUCAGUAUUUGGUAUGCAUUGAUUUUAUAAUUUUGAUUAUUAUGAACCUUCAUAUUUAUUUCAUUGGCACAGGUAAUAAACAAUUGAAGAUUAACGACA